AUGACCCGCCCAAUCCCCGUCACCGGCCAGCGCAAACGCCCCUCCAAGUCGUGCCUCGCUUGCAGGCAGGCCAAAGUCAAGUGCACGGGCUUGUCAGAAGAGUACCUCCAUGCACUCGAGGAUCCCGAUCUCCUCGCCAAGUGGCAAGGACCCCACCCCGUCUGUUCGCGCUGCACGAAGCAUGGCGAGACUUGCUCGUUCGCCGCAUCGCGAAGGAAAGGCCGGCCACGCAGGCUGCUGAGGGAUGAGGCGGGCAAUGUCAUCGACGCCCGCUCGAGCAGCGCGAGCAGGAGCAGGCAGCCCGUCCAGCUCCCCUCGCCCCAAGGCUCAGGCUCAGGCUCAGGCGAUCGUUCGCCGUCACCGUCCAACUCGAGCUCUUCGCAGGACACGGGCUCAGAGAAGGCGCCCCAGCCGAUGCCUGCCUUUACGUUCCCGACGUCGGGGUUGCCGACGCCGCCGAGUCCCCUUCGCCCGCUCACACGCUUCCCGCCAGUCGACCACACCCCUCUCGCCAUCGCUUUCCUCCAAGACGCCUACCCAUGGGUACCCUUGCUCCCCUCGGACAUCAGCUCGCUCUCCAACUACCUCAUGACGGCCGACCCGCUCCUCCCUGCCGCCGUCAGCUGCAUCCUCGACCCCUCUCUCUCCCCUCCAUCCAUCGACCUCGCCUCGCGCGUCCGCCCUCUCGCCCUCAGCACGCUUCAAGCGACGACUCUUCUCUUCCUCCACGCUUUCGCAGCGCAGAACAAGUCGCUCGCACUGCAGCUUCUGCAGUGGACGUGCACGGAACUUGCCGCGCGUGGAUGGGCGGGCGAACAGACGGCCGGAGAAUUGCAGGCGGAGGACGGGUUCGUCAAGCUUGGGUGGUAUUGCUGGGGUAUGGAGAUCCAGCUGGGCAUCAUCAUGGGCGUCAGAGCGAGCAUUCUAGCGCAUGUUCCGCCUCCGAGUGUCCUCGAUGCGACGACUGUCCAGCGUCACGCCUUCCGCCUCGCAUUCGACGCGACCAACUACGCUCACCUCUGGGCCGUCGACCCUUCCGCCCAACCGGCCUACUUGAACGAUAUCGUCCACCGCUCGCACGUCAUUCACAGCAUCGCCAGGUCGACUCUCGCCUCGUUGCCAGCCGAGCCAGCGCUCCUCUCGCAAGCCGCUCUCCGCCACUCGUCCCUCCUCGGCGCGCUCCUCUCCCUCGCAGCCAUCAUCCUCGUCCUCUCCUCCCAGUCCCCCCUCUCGCCCUACAUCGCACCCGCCCUCCCCUGCUCCCUCGACACGACCUGCCUCCCUCCCUCGCCUCACCGCCGCGAGAUCGCCCGCGCCGCACGCGGCAUCGUCGAUAUCGUCAAGACCUUCGCAGGCGGCGCCGACCUCCCUCUCUCGCCCGUCUCUCCCGGCACGAGCAAGUCGGCGUUCUACCACCCCUUCUUCGGAUGCUGCCUCGUCGUCGCCUCGCGCGGACUCCUCCUCGAAGCCGAGUCGUACUCGACGGGCGACAACUCGCUUUGCCCCUCUCCGCCGUCGUCGCCCAUCGACCAGGUCGCCUGUCCCGCCAAGCAGAUCGCUCAGAUCGUUCAGGACCUCGACUUGUGCGAGCGCGUGCUGAGGGGCCAGGCGAAGAGGUGGAGCGCGAGUGACAUGCUAGCGACUGAAGUGUCGCUCCUGAGGCGCACGGCGGGCGUGGCGUGA